ACUCAUUCUCCUUUCGGCCGUUCUUCAAACUCAAACCUUGCGUUUUGGGUUCUCUCCUCUGCCCACUGCAGCUUGUUUCUAUCAAACGAAAAGCUGAUCUUUACUUUCUCUCCUACCUACAGAAGAUGGCAUGGAGGCAAAUGCUAUUCAACUCAAGAGCAAUUUUGGGACCAUAUUUAGCAACCGGAUCCGCCAGAUUCUCCACAAAAUCAAACCCAUACCUAGUGAAAGUUGGAAUACCAGAGUUUUUGAAUGGAAUUGGCAAUGGAGUGGAAUCCCAUGUGGCCAAGCUUGAAGCUGAGAUUGGUGACUUCCAAAAGCUGCUUGUCACUCGUACUCUCAAGCUGAAGAAACUUGGUGUCCCUUGCAAACAUAGGAAGUUGAUCUUGAAAUACACCCACAAGUAUAGACUGGGACUCUGGAGACCACUAGCUCAGGCGAUCAAAUCUUAGUUAGUUUUGGAGUAGUGUGCAGUUUACACAAAGAUUUUGUCUGCUGCCAAAUGUUACUGGCAGACACUCGAUGUAUGGAGCUGUGAAAUAAGAGAGUUUUUGUUUUCAUGAUAUUCUAGUCUUUCUUCACCCAAUUUAAGUUUCAUCAUAAAGUUCAACGGUAGUGUAUGAUGUACUGGAUUUAAUUGAGCAAUCUACCUAGGUGGUUUCACCAGAAUCCUUGUUUCA